GUCGGAUGCCUUCCCACGCUGCGGCACCAGCACCACCGGCCACUAAGGUGGAUCGUUUCCGUCCCAUCGAGAAGUACUACCGACACCGUGGAGACGGCCACAAGAACGCUAAACAGCGACGCCGUGAACGCCACCUAUACAUUACGAAUGGCGGCGUUGUUUCUUCUGAAGUUCUGGAUGUGCACGAUCUCGGAAGCAAUUCAGUGACACACCGAGCCAGAGUGCGCAACAUACCGCUGGUUCCUUCGGGCGACCCCUUCACUGGCACAAUACUAGAUGCAAGGCAUGCCGCGCUAUUCGAAAUUGAUGGCCAUCCUGGACUUCGCAUCCUCAUCAACGCCAUGCCCUUGCCAACACAAGUGGAAUGGGCGCUACGGGCAUUACGGGAGUACUCUCAAAAUCCCUUCACAAAUUUGUCAAACUUGACGAAGGACCGGCUGGCGACGACGAACCUGUGGAAGGAUGUGUGGGAAAGCCCUGGCGAAGAAACAUGGAAAUCGUUUCAAUCGCUAAGGUGGGCAAAUGUUGGUCGGCAUUACGACUGGACAGAACGCGAGUAUUUGGACACGCCCGAUAUGCCGCCAUUGCCACCAGAGCUGAAGCAGCUCGUUCAAGAAGUGUUCGAGAUUACUGGCAUGCAAGAUUCCUGCAAAGUUGGCGAGUCAGGCAUCGUCAAUUUCUACCCUGCAGGCACCAUGAUGGGCGGUCACAUGGACAAUGCUGAAGAAGACAUGGUGAAUCCAAUUGUAUCGCUAAGCUUGGGCACCCAGUGCAUUUACUUGCAAGGCGGUGUGACGCGCGAAACUGUCCCUACACCCUUGUGGCUGCGUUCAGGUGACAUUGUAAUUAUGGGGGGCGAAGCUCGACGAUGCUUCCACGGUGUCCCCCUCGUGACGUCCAAACUUUCGAGCGAAUUCAUCCAAGCAAUGAACGAUUUUUCAGCCUUAGUUUCAAGUGCAGUCGACUCUCGAGAGCUCCAUGCGCUUCGAGUGUACAUGGCUCGUGCCCGCAUCAACAUCAACCUUCGCCGCGUUCGCAACGACUGAAGCGACGAUCCUGACAUGUCCGACCAGUUUCUGACGUAACGUGUUGGAACCAACCAGGGCGAUGUUGCAAUGUACAGUCGCUCCACGUGAGGUUGCCCACGCUAAGAUUUUCCCCUUGAGCGGUGCACACGACUACGUAACUUGAGGCUACGCCUUCCCGUUGUCUGCGCCGCAGUGUGUUCCUCACCCGACUCCACAAGCCUUAUGGCGGCCACGUUCCGCUGUCCGGCGCAAGCCUUGGCGUUGAUGCGACAGAUGUCGGC